GCUUCGAAAUCUCUCAAAGCUCUCUCUCUCUCUCUCUCUCUCUCUCUCUCUCUCUCUUUUGUUUCUCUCAUUUUUCAUUACAGAGGCGAAUUGUCUAAGGGUAAGCGAAACCCUAACCCUAAAGGUUGAUAGACAACCGCCAUGGCUGCUGCUUCACUCACUCUGCCUUAUCCUUCUUCUUCUUCGGCUGCUUCGGCUUCUUCUUCUUCUUCGGCUUCGUCCCUGUUCUCUCGCUGCUCUUUCGCCCACAGACGCUUCGACUCUCGCUCCAGAGUUCACGCCUUUAACACCGCCAAAUGUGAUCUAUCAGAACCAUUAAAAAAUGUAAAUGGGAAGCCAAUUGUUCCCAUCCUUAACGAGCGGACGCUUCCCAAGUUCUUGGAAACGGCACGCAUGGAGAAAACAGUUAACCGGAAUAGUACCAGGCUCAAAUUGUUUUCUGGCACUGCAAACCCUGCACUUUCUCAGGAAAUUGCUUGGUACAUGGGCCUGGAACUUGGAAAGAUAAAAAUAAAGCGAUUUGCUGAUGGUGAAAUUUAUGUUCAGUUGCAAGAGAGUGUCAGAGGGUCUGAUGUAUACCUAAUACAGCCUACCUGCCCUCCUGCAAAUGAGAAUCUCAUGGAGCUUUUAAUAAUGAUAGAUGCUUGUCGUAGAGCAUCAGCCAAAACUAUUACUGCUGUGAUUCCAUAUUUUGGAUAUGCAAGAGCUGACAGGAAGACACAAGGGCGUGAAUCCAUUGCGGCUAAACUAGUUGCAAACCUUAUCACAGAAGCAGGUGCACACCGUGUUCUCGCUUGUGACCUUCAUUCUGGGCAGUCCAUGGGUUACUUUGAUAUUCCAGUGGAUCAUGUAUAUGCUCAGCCUGUGAUUCUUGAUUAUCUUGCCAGUAAGACAGUUAGUUCUAAAGAUUUAGUAGUGGUUUCCCCUGAUGUUGGUGGGGUAGCAAGGGCACGUGCUUUUGCAAAAAAAUUGUCUGAUGCACCUUUAGCCAUUGUAGACAAAAGGCGUCAAGGACACAAUGUUGCUGAGGUGAUGAACCUGAUUGGAGAUGUAAAAGGAAAAGUUGCAGUUAUGAUGGAUGACAUGAUUGACACUGCUGGGACUAUUGCUAAAGGUGCAGCUCUGUUACAUGAAGAGGGGGCCAGGGAGGUCUAUGCAUGCUGCACUCAUGCUGUUUUUAGCCCUCCUGCAAUUGAGAGGUUGUCAAGCGGCCUAUUUCAAGAGGUGAUUAUUACAAACACAAUCCCAAUUGCAGAGAAGAACUACUUCCCCCAGUUGACUGUUCUUUCAGUAGCAAACCUGUUGGGUGAAACUAUUUGGCGUGUUCAUGAUGAUUGUUCAGUGAGUAGCAUUUUCCAAUAGAUCUGAAUUGGAAUUGCCAAAGGAGUCAAUUAGCUUAGCCGGUAAAAUCUUUUGAGCUGUACCAGAUAGCUAGAUCAAGUCCUGCUUGCACCAAUGAUAAGAAGGAUUUGAAGGAUAAGAAAUUAUUACUUAUUUUCUGUCGCCCAUAAGCCCUGUUCUUACAAUGGGCUGAAAAAAGAAAAAGCAAAAGAGCAACAACAACACAAAAAAAAAAAAAAAAAAAAAAAAAAAGGAAAAGAAAAUAGAUUGGAAUAGUCAAUGUGAGCCUCUCCUUUCAUUUUGCACAUGGAUUCAUAGCUGCUCUCUUGUUUUCUACCAUUUUUUGGUAUAAUUCUAGUUCCAAUGUUCUCCAAUUUGGUUCUUGUUA